GAUAUGAUAUUUUAUUUCAAAAUAAAAAUCUCUGAAAACUGCAUAUUUUGCUGUCAUUACCCCUGACUGAAAAACUCUGUUAAAUCUUUUUAAUGAGAUAUCGCAACACCGGUCCAGUUCUGGGGGACACAACUCCUCCCCAGGUCUCCAACAAAAGAGGUCCCAUCCAAAUCUGGUGUGGCAUUUCAAAAUAAAAGUCCCUCAAAUUGGUAUAUUUUACUGUCAUGAACACGGAUUUCAAAAAUUCAUGACAAAAUCUGUGAGUUAACAAUUAAAUGAGAUAAAAACAACAACUAGAUGAUCAGCUUUGUUUGUCUGAGGUACUGAAAUCACAUCCUGUAACGCCUAUUUUGUGAAUCCAUUUGUAGAAUCUCGACAAUGUUUUCUCUCCCUGUCACAAAUGAGCUGUUUUCUUUCUGUCUCAUAUUUCUUCCAAUCAUUCCGUUCUCCUGUUUCCUCUUGUUGACUUUGGUGCUUUGCCAUUUUAACUCACGUAGUGUUUAACCCACAGUGUCCAAAUCGUCAUCUCGAUGUCAUCUGACUUGCACUUGCUUUUCUCAUCCCUCCAAAGUGUUGCGAUCGUCGUGUGAAAAUGUGUGCAAGGACAGCAGAGUACGAGGAGGAACUUUGGGGCCCAAAAGAGGAGAAGGAGCCACAACGUCAACUGCUGGACGCUGCGUUCAAUCUGCAGCCUCGAAUUGUGCUACGCAGAGCAGGCGUCAGUGAAAAUCUUCAUUCUGAGCGGCAGCAGUCAGUGUCCCCUCACAUCAAAGAGGCAGGGGAGGAUGAAGAGGUUCAACACAUCAAAGAGGAGGAGGAAGAGUUCCUUCACAUGAAAGAGGAAGAGCAGGAGGACAUCAUCAAGGUUCCAUCCACUGGUGUCCCUUUGAAGAGUGAAGAUGAAGGUCGAAGUGUGGAGAGACGAGGGGCGGAGCCACCAAACAGCAACAGCUCAAGUGAUGGAGACCACUGUGGAGGAUCACAAACAGACGGUGAUGAUGAUGAUGUUGUUGAUGAACAGUUGGAAGGUGAUAUGACAUGUCACACUUCCAGUAAAUGCUGGAAAUGUUCGAAAUGUAGGAAAACCUUUGCUUCUAAGAGCAAUUUUAAACAACACAUGAAAAUCCACACUGGUGAGAAGCCUUUUGCAUGCUCAGUUUGUGGUCAAAGAUUCACUCGGAAGGGACACUUAAAAAUACACACAAGAACACACACUGGUGAGAAGCCUUUUGGCUGCUCAGUUUGUGGUCAAAGAUUCUCCCUAAAGGAAAGCUUAAAUAGACACACAAGAACCCACACUGGUGGGAAACCUUUUGCAUGCUCAGUUUGCGGUCAAAGAUUCUCUCAAAGGGGACAUUUGACAGGUCACGCAAGAAACACACACUGGAGAGAAACCUUUUGCCUGCUCAGUUUGUGGUCAAACCUUCUCUCAGAAGGGAACCUUAAAAAUACACACAAGAACCCACACUGGUGAGAAACCUUUUUCCUGCUCAGGUUGUGGUCAAAGAUUCUCUCGUAAGGCUCGGGUGAAGACACACAAGUGUCCUGGUGAGACAAGCAGUGAUCAAGAAGCUUUUAAUGCAAAUGUAAAUGUUUAAUAUAAAAGUAAUGACUAUGUUACUGACAGAAAUCUACAUGCUUGUAUUCUGUGUACCAGCUUUUAUUGUAUGUAUCUUGUUAAAUAUAUUGUAGAAGUUAUCAUUUAUUUGCUUAGCUUGCAUGAGUAUUAUGGACGAUUUUGAUAAAGGAAGAUGUCUCGCCUUCAAGAAGAUGACUCAGCAGGAAUCAUCAGAGAGAAGGACGUGGCCGGGACGUGGCAGGUGUUGGUGCCAUGUUUUCACCUUGAAACCCUCCCCUUAGUGUGUUGUGUCUUGUAGCUUAGUACGUUAUGUCUUGUAAACUUAGAAACCUCCCUAUUUUCAAAUAAAUGCAGGAGCGACGGGAGAGAUUGUUUCGAGCGUGAUGAGAGGCUGUAACCUGAACAAUCUCCCA